AUGUAUAUUAAACCCAAAAAAUGUCUUUUAUUUUUUACUAAUAUAAGAUCAACUGCAACAGGUGAAAUAAUAACUCAAUUAUCACCUAUUCGUUCACCUCUAGAACAAAAAAUUAUCAAUACAAGAUCUCAUAAAAAUGACGAUAAUGCACUUUUAGCUGAUAUUGGCUAUAGACCAGAAUUAAGAAGAUAUUUUACGACUCUUCAGGUUUUUGGUAUUGCAUUUUCUAUUAUGGGAUCAUUACCUUCCAUUGCAUCUGUUUUGGGAUUAGCAUUAGCUGGUGGAAUGGUUGGAUUUGUUUGGGGAUGGAUUGUUGCUUCAUUUUUUAUUUUGUUGAUUGGCAUCAGUAUGGCAGAAUUGGGUAGUGCAAUUCCAACCAGCGGUGGAUUAUAUUAUUGGACUUAUCAUUACGCUCCACAAUCUGUUAAAAUACCAUUAAGUUUUCUUGUUGGAAAUACUAACAGUAUUGCAUUAACUGGUGCACUUUGUUCUGUUGAUUAUGGGUUAGCAAACGAGAUAUUAUCAGUAGUUGUGAUCAAUUCAGAUGGAACUUUUGAAAUAACUUCUGCUAAAACAUAUGGUGUUUACGUUGCUUGUGUAAUUUCCCAUAUUUUUAUCACUUGUUUGGCAUCAAAUAUUUGGGUUAUUGGGGCAUUUGAUAGUACAAUCCAUCAAUCUGAAGAGGCUAAGAAUGCAACCAAAGCAGUUCCAAUUGGGAUCAUUGGAUCUAUUUCUGUAUGUGGUAUUUUAGGUUGGAUUAUUUGUAUUGUUAUUGCAGCCUGUGUUGAUAGAGAUCUUGAAGUAAUUGUUGAAACAUCAUUUGGUCAACCUAUGGCUCAAAUUGUUUAUGAUAUAUUGGGUAAAAAAUGGGCAGUUGCGAUUAUGGUGUUAAUUGCAUUUUGUCAAUGGUUGAUGGGAGCUUCUAUUCUAACAGCAAUCUCCAGACAAAUUUGGGCAUUUUCAAGAGAUAAUGGAUUACCAUCGUGCGAUAUUAUUAAAGUUGUUAAUAAGAAAUGGUCAGUUCCGAUUAGAGUAGUGUGGUUUGGUGGUAUAUUGGCGAUAAUUAUGGGAUUAUUGUGUUUAAUUGGAACUACAGCUGCAAAUGCUCUUUUUACAUUGUAUGUGUGUGGUAAUUAUUUUGCGUGGGGAACACCCAUUUUCUUGAGAAUGGUUUAUGGUAAAGAUAUAUUUAAACCGGGUCCAUUUUAUACAGGUGAUGUUUUAUCACCUAUCAUUAACUGGAUUGCAAUUGUGUUUAUAGUCUUUACAAUGAUAUUGGCUAUGUUUCCAUCAUCUAAAAUCGUGGAUAAAGAAACCAUGAAUUAUACAGUUACAAUUAACGAAGUUGAUAAUAUAUCUGAGGAAGAAGAAUUAAGUGAACCUGGUAUGACAGUUGAGAAAGUGAAAGUUGAAGCCUAA